AUGACCCGACGAAAGAAGAGCCAAUGUGAGAGCAGCAAGCGCUUUCCGUCAGGGCGCCCGCAGCAACGGCUUCCUGUCGGCGCCAAGAGUGGUGGCAAGCGGUGCGCCGACGUCGGGAAUCCGGCCACGCUCUCUCUCGCCACCGCGGUGAAAGUGGCCGCCGAGCGCCAACCCACCACAUCACAAGGCAGCCGGACGGCCAAGGGAAACCAACUUGACCGCGCGUUCAGUUUGAUGUUUGGUUUUGGAGUGAGACUCCUACUCAUCAAGACUGCCCUGCAGAACCCAGAGCUCGCGUCCUUUGUCGACGUGGCGCAGUAUCCCAGAUCAAACUCGUACGCGGCAACGGUGGUUGAUCCCCAAGGCAAAAUCCUGAAUGCAGCGUCCAUCCAACACUCGACGGCGUCCGUCGCAGAGCAAGUCGCAGUGGCGCUGGCUCUGUGCGAUCCUGGGCGCACCCAGAUCUUCACGGACUCCAGGUCGGCGGCGAUGGCCUUUCUCGCCGGCUCGGUCUCGGCCGAGGCUGCGGCGGUGCUUAGGACCCGCAAGCCAGGCACGGUCCGUCACGUCAUCACUUGGUUCCCGGCUCACAUGGGCCGGAACGUCUCUCCCGGAUCGAUCAACCCCGAUGAGCUGGCCCAUGACCAGGCGCGAGGUCUCGUCAACCGCGCCGGUCUGAGGGGCCCGGUUUCGCAGGGGAUCGAACGGACCACGGACCCGCUGCUUACUUUCCACGACAUCACGGCUCACUACCAGCUGGGAGGCAGGCAGUUCCCGGCUCCUCACCCGAAGCUCGGCAGACCUCAGGCCUCGGUGUUGAGAAUGCUGCAGACGGGCUCAUUUCCGUCUCGAUCCAGGCUGAGCCACUACGCUCCGGGUGUGGAUCCCCGUUGCCCCGACUGCGGCGAGGAAAGGCAAGAAGACUGGGAAGAAGCCGUCAAGAGCGACGACCUUCAAGUCCAGCUUCGGGCUGUCCAAAGGGCCUGCGAAAGGGCUGAAGAUCACGGUCUUCCGCCCCCGGUGCAGGUGCGGCUCGCGACUACGACAAAGUAGUCCCUUAGGAUAAAAUAAAGUUUCGUGUCUGUUUGUCUGUCUGUCUGUCCUCCUCCGGAGUAGUAUCUGUGGAGCGUUUUAGCCCCUGAUAAUCUCUGGUCCCCUGAUUUUAUGAAAUAUAAGUAUAGAAAAUUUGGGGAAACCCGUUCCUACUGGUAUGCAAU